AUGCGAGAAGCUCUCCCAGUAGGAACGGCGCUGGCCACAAGAGGUCUAGUGAACACUCUACCAUGCAAACGAUGCAAUGCCCUAGAAUCGACGACCCACAUGCUAUGGACCUGCCCCUUCGCUCGCGGAAUUUGGACCAUCGCACCAAUCACGAAUCUCCCCGAUUUGGAUCAACCGAAUCUCUCCGCGAAACAACUUCUCCAGCUUGCCAAGCGAUCGACCACUCUCCCACAUGUGGGAUUGACCUCGACACCGCUGCAUCCAUGGCUGCUCUAUAGUAUUUGGACUACCAGGAAUCAGCUGAUCUUCGAGGACCGUUCAUCUUCACAAGACGACGUUGUCUCAAGAGCCGUUAAACAGGCCAAAGAUUGGCAACAAGCCCAACAUGAACAUCCGUUGGGCCAGACUAGAAAAGCCCAUCAGCAGCCAAAACCAAGCCCUGGAACUUAUCAAUGUUACAUAGAUGGAGCUUGGCAAGCCCAUUCGCUCUCGGCCGGCAUGGGCUGGAUCCUAAAAGACGACGAAGGAAGGCCGAUUACCCAAGGGUCUGCAUCAAGACCUUAUGUCCCUUCCGUCAUAGCAGCUGAAGCUCUUGCUAUUCGAGAAGCUCUCACAGCGAAUCACAAAUGA